GUGCCCACCCUUGGGUUUUGGGCAGGUGGGUGCUGGCACUGGAUGGGCUGGUUUCUGGGCUGUCUGUGCCCUCUCUUGGGUCAUGGGCAGGCUGAUUGCUGGGCUGUGUGUCCUUGUCUGGCCAGUUCUUGCCCUGCCUUGUUUCACUUCCUCAUUCCUGCUGCCGGGUGAGCCUGGAUUCUCAGCUAGAGCAACAUGGCGGAACCCGGCCGACCCCAGCGGAAAAUGUCCCGGGCUGGGGAGAGUUUGUACAGAGUCCUGGGCCUGGAGAAGGGGGCUUCUUCAGAGGAGAUCAAGAAGGCAUACAGGAAACUGGCCCUGAAGUACCACCCGGACAAGAACCCCGAGAAUCCCGAGGCAGUGGAGAAGUUCAAGGAGAUCAACAAUGCGAACGCGACGCUGAAUGAUGAGAACAAGCGGCGGAUCUAUGAUGAGUAUGGCUCCAUGGGGCUCUACGUGGCGGAGCAGUUCGGCGAGGAGAGUGUCAAGUACUACUUCCUCAUGUCCAAGUGGUGGUUCAAGGCCUUGGCCGUGUGCUGUGGCAUCUUCACCUGCUGCUGCUGCUGCUGCUGUUGCUGUUUCUGCUGCGGGAAGUGCCGUCCGCCUGAGGACGAGGACUCCUACAAGUACGUCAACCCCGAGGACCUGGAGGCGCAGAUCCAAGCUGAGGCUGAAGACACCCAGACACCCAUUGUGGUGCAGCCCCUGCCUGCAGCAGCUGGAGAGGAGCCGCUGCCAGACGCCAGCCUCAGGACUGACGCAUGAGGCCGACUUCGACCUGCUGACUGCCUGUCCCCUCGCCUGGACUCUGGGUGGGAACCCCACUGGAAGUGCCGCUGCCUGGGGUUCCUGGCCCCUGUGCUGUGGGCAGCCAGGCCACUUGGCUGCGGCUUGAAUCUCAGGUAAACUGGCAACGCCUUUGGGGCGGCCAUUCCUGCAAGGACUUGCUCCUGCGGCCUGCGCCUGCCCAAGGCUCCUUGUGCUGUGACUUCUCUGGCUGCUGCAGCAGCCUGCUGACUGGCCAGGCUCCCUGCGCUGGCGUUGCUGCCCAAGGAACCUGAGACUGGAAACCCCUGGGUAACCCCCCCCACAGAAGGCUGCACUGCUGCGCAGCCCCUGUCCCUGCCUCGGCCGGUCACCCAGCACCAGCACCCGCCUGGCUUCUCCCCAGCCGGGCCCCUCCCCCCACGACCUAGUGUUUACAGCUGUGCGGAUGCCGAGCUCGCAGGCCCUGGCCUCAGAAACACAAGCUUGUGCCCCAGCCGUGCAACCUGGAGGCAAAUGAGACCAACCCCACUGUAACUAGCCCAUGGAGACGGGGCAGCCACAGGCUGAGCCUGCCGGGCGCCCUGCUGCUUCCAGGGGCCUAUCCCUUCCCUGUGUUGGGUGCCAAACACAGCUCUCCGGGCAGGCGUGGUCCUGGCAGACAGUGCACUCGCUGCCUGCUUGCACUGUGGUUUGCUGCCCCGCCCGGAGGCAGCACCCCCUCCCUCAGCGCUCCUGGCCUGGCCUGCACCUGGCACAGACAGAACCUCAGUCACUGUGUCUGAGCCUCAUGGGUGUCUCUGCCGGUGCCCUGGGGCCCACUGGGAUGGUGUGUCAGGGCAAUAAAGGAACCUGUUGUCUGCA